AAACACGAAUUGCGCUCAAUGACUAUCGUCAACUUGGACGAUGUUAAACAAACCGUAGUUUGUAUUCCCUAUGCAGAUCCAGAAGGCGAGGACGAGGACGUCGAUAAGAUAGCCACGUACCAGCUAUUUCAGCAUCGGGAUCUUCCUGAUGGAUAUCAACUGCGACUGAACGCGUACAGAGUAGCAUGGUCGAAAUGUUUGAGCAGAAUCCAAGAAAUCAUACACACUUUACAUACGCCGGUCAUCGAUAAUGUCGUCGAACUAGUCAAAAGUGCUUAUUCCGAUACGCUGCCAGGGCUGCCCUACUAUGAGUUACCAGUAAUAACCGUUACCGCCUCAACGCUUGGAUCAACGCUUCUUGAACAAAUAACAUCCCGUUUGGAAGGUGAUUCUUCAGUGGACGGGCUGUUUGAGACUUUGAACGAGACAUACGUAACACAUCUCUUUCCAACCGAUUGUUCUACUAUCAUGUCUGCUAUGAAGAGCUUGGUAGCAGGUUUCUUAACCCGGCCUCUAAAUAACGAAAACGUCAAACGUAAAGUCGGCACGUCUCUGGCUGCAUUUGAUAUAAAACUUCUGCAAGCCUGGUACGAUGCUAUCUCAGAGUCACAUGGUGAGACCUUCUCGACAGAUGAUCCUGUGCAGCUUGUGGUUGUGCUUCAUGAUUUUGAGCAGCUUGAACCUACGGUUGUCCAGGAUAUUUUUGAGAUAUGCAGUCUUCAUAUUCCCGCCUUGCCACUUGUCUUCAUCUUAUCCUUGUCGUCUCCUUCUUCUCCUUCAUUUCUUCAUUCAACGUACCCUCGAUCCUGCCUUUCCCUGUUGCAUGUCCGCAACUGUGACUCUCCCCCAGCUGAAGAUGCUCUGCACGAGAUUCUAAUGAAAACAUUUUUUGACGUAGACUUUGAGCCAGAUGUCAUGAUAGGACCGUCUUCCAUUGACUUUUUGGUUGAACUUUUCACUCGGCACAAUACAUCACUUGAUUCCGUUGCGUCAAUCUUACAGCUCACGCAUAUGAAGCAUUUUGAAGAACCGCUCUCUGUGUUUGCAAUUCAGUCUCCCUUUACGACUAUCGAGGAAGCUACCAUGACGUUGCAUCAUCCAUCGUCUGCGUUCCUCGAAUCUAUCCUGGCUCGCAUGCAAUGUCCGGACGAGAUCUCUCUCAUAAAUCACGUCGAUCGAUGGCGGGAUGAGAGUGUUUCUUCUCUGCUCGAGUCUAUAGACACAGCCCACCUCAAUUUCAGGAAGCGGGCGAGGCUUAUGAGAGUUGCUUUCCAGUUAUAUCGGAGCAUUCAACAGUUUUUGCUGAGACAGGGUCACAAAACGGCUCAGGGAGAACGGAAUUUGCCAGAAAUGAUGUGUGCGGCGAUGAAAGGGACAUUGGUCAGAGAGGGGAAGUACCUGAGUAUGAUGGUCAAGUUCAAAUUGGAGGAUUUCUUACAAAGUAUCCCAGAAGAUAUUCGUUUAGAUGAAGAAGAUAUCAGAUCGCAAAAUGACACUGCAAUAGAGGCCUUGCGUGCGAGCGAUAUCUCGCCAGAAGACGCCUCCAAGGUUGCUGACCUCUUUGGCGAUUGGCUCACCUCCUACUUCCAGAGGCGUUUGGUAUCGCUCGACGAGACAACAUUAUGGGACAUCUGGUACACGGGCUCUACUCCUUUCCCGUCGGAGUUAAUCAAUCCUUCUGUACGAGCUACCAUCUUUUCUGGGCUACUAUAUCCUCAGGAUUACUUAACACUCGAAUCGGCCAAUGGCUUGAACAAGACUCAUCUAGCAGACCUGUCAGAAUUAUCAGACACCAGUAUCUUGUUCAGCGGCUACCUGGAAAGCGGGAAAAUGAUCAACGUAUAUGAUUGGUUUGAAUCUUUCUCUGCCACCGUGGAGAACCAGAAAAGUCGUGUCAAACGUCCAUUGCCAACACCUACUACCCGUCGCCCUCCGUCCACCCCAUCAAAGGGCAAGAGUAGGCAUAGGCAAACAACCAAUGACGUAGUUGAAGAGCUGGUAGAACCAACAGAAGAGGAGUGGAAGAUGGAGGUGCAAGCGCGGUUCGUGCGUGCGUUGCACGAGCUUGAUUAUCUUGGGUUUAUCAAACAUACGGGACGAAAAGCAGACCAUGUCAUGAAGACGGUCUUUGAACCUCCUGAACCUGAAUAGAGUGGGUUUCGUAGCGUUUUUAUGUACAUAAAGUCUGAAAACGAUAUUAUGCAGCACCGUGACAUCAACCGUACGGCUGCGACACAUUUCAUUAUUUAUAGUACGUGUUCGCGGCGUAGCGCGUCGGGUUACUUGCGUAACAGAAGUUAGCCACGCAAGUUCUGGACUCGAUUGUUAGUUCGCUGGCAAAAUGUGAUUUAUGUGAACAUGUUCUAUUGUAGCGUGAUCACCCGAAUUUUGGAAUCGGACGAGGUUCUUACUAGUUCGAACUCCGUUUGUCGACUGCAUAUCAACCCCUGAACCUGCUCUCUCCCACUUUUGCAGGCCCCAUCCCACAUUCUUUUGAUCUACAUUCGUUCUAUCACGAUGUUUUCGUCUGU